GUUGUUGACAUGCUUUGUUACAGAACCAUGGCUGCUACCGUUUCUACCCAUGUGUACGGCGGACCGGUCCCGUCCUUCCCCACCCCGGCGUCCUGGACGGUGUACUCCCCGGCUUACGGUCCGCCCUCUCCCGACUGGACCCCGUCACACGCACCGAUGGAUGUCCGAACACGGUCUCCCGUGCCGACUGCCACAAGACUCGCCAGCCCUCCUCUGAAGGCGACUCCGGAAACCUCCCGCCGGUCCUCCGGGUUCAGCUUCGCCUCCAUGCCGAGCGACAUCGCCAGGGAGAACGAGAAGAAAACCCCGGCUGCGGACUUCCCCGCGUCCGUGGUCAGCACGGCGUCUCCCGGCGUGCCGUACAGCGUGGAUGUCACCUUCAGCGCACCGUUCAACUGGUACUCCCCGGGGAAGGUGGUCGCGGCGCCCCGCAGCAUGUACCGAGUCAGCCCGUACUCCAGACCUGCAGCACAGACAACUUCCGCUAGGUUCCCGUGCGACAUCUGCGGCAAGGUGUUCGCGAGUCGCCACGCCCUCAGCGGCCACGUCGGCGGAGCUCACCGUCAAGACGGCGACGCCGGUGACCGACAACACGAGUGCAAAGAGUGCGGGAAGACCUUCAACAAGUCGUCCACCCUAGCGGCCCACCAGCGCGUCCACACCGGCGAGAGGCCGUACAUCUGUCCGAUCUGCAACCGCGGGUUCUCCCAGCGCUCGUCCCUGGUGCCGCACCUGCGGACGCACAGCGGGGAGAAGCCGUACAGGUGCACCUUCUGUCCCCGGGCCUUCGCCGACGCCUCCACCCUGGUCAAGCACGUCCGCACGCACACCAACGAGAAGCCCUACAAGUGUGAGGUCUGCGGGAUCGGCUUCACCCAGUCCGGAAACCUGAAACGUCAUCAGAGGGUGCAUCAUGCGAAAAAGGACGACGCGGAACAGUAGUGUGUGCUUUUGGAGGACUCAUAGUGGACUUUU